CUCUCAGGUAGCCAUAUCAGUUCCAUGUAAAGGGCCAUCUGUUUGCCACAAGUGAGAGUUUCAGAGCUGGAGGCCAACGCUUAAAGCAAUUUGGGGUAACUUGUGCACAAAAAGUGCUCAAAAGCCUUGAGAACUCGGUGUUUCUGUUACAAAACGCUGGCGGGAAAAAAGGAGAAGCUGCGAUAAGAAGCCAAGUCUGUGCAUGCACUGGCGAUUUCUUGUGACUCGAACUCAUGAAGUCACCUUAGCUUUACAACAGAGGCAAUGGCGGAACAUAAUGACCUUAGCUUUACAACAGAGGCAGUGGCGGAACAUAAGGAUGGGGAGGGCCUGAAGGAGGCUCAGAUUGGACUUCAGGAGCAAGUGGAAGUAACUGGAAAGUUUGAUUCACACAACCGGGAAUACAACCAGUUCCUGGUGUGCGGCAGCCUCUUUGAAUGCCCUGCCAAGUAUUUGCCGAUAAAGCCUAUCGGCAAGGGGGCCUAUGGGGUUGUCUGCUCUGCCAAGAAUUUGGACUCCCAGGAAAAGGUCGCGAUCAAGAAAAUUGCUAACGCGUUCGACAAUGUCAUCGACGCCAAGCGCACGCUGCGGGAAAUUAAGUUGCUGAAGCACUUGCAGCAUGAAAACAUUGUUCAAAUCAAGGAUAUCAUCCCUCCAAUGCAGCGGGAUGCGUUCAAGGAUUUGUAUGUCGUGUACGAGCUGAUGGACACCGACUUGCAUCAAAUCAUCCGGUCGCCGCAGCAGCUGUCAAACGACCACAGUCAAUAUUUCUUAUAUCAGCUGCUUCGAGGGCUCAAGUACAUCCACAGCGCCAACAUCCUCCAUCGCGAUCUCAAGCCCUCCAACCUGCUGGUCAACGCCAACUGCGACCUGAAGAUCUGCGACUUUGGGCUGGCCAGGACCAGCACGAGCAACGAGAAGGAGUUCAUGACGGAGUACGUGGUGACGCGGUGGUAUCGGGCACCGGAGCUGCUGCUGAGCUGUUCGGGAUACACGACCGCCAUUGACGUAUGGUCCGUGGGCUGUAUCUUUGCUGAGCUGCUGGGUCGCAAGCCGCUGUUCCCGGGCAAGGACUACGUGCACCAGCUGAGCCUCAUCACGAAGAUCAUCGGCUCUCCCAGCGAGGGGGAGCUGGGCUUCAUCACCUCGGAGAAGGCCAAGCGCUACAUCCGGUCGCUGCCACGGAGCGUGCGAGUAGACUUUGCGCAGUUGUGGCCACACGCCAACAAGCAGGCCCUGGACCUAAUCGACAAAAUGCUGGUGUUCGACCCCACAAAGCGCAUUACAGUGGAGCAGGCGCUGGAGCACCCCUACCUGGCCUCCCUGCAUGAUGUAGCGGAUGAGCCCGUGUGCGCAACACCCUUCACCUUCGACUUCGACGCCGACCACCUGACGCCGGACGUCGUACGGGACGUCAUUUUGCAGGACAUGACGGAGCUACACGAAAACGUGCCAUGAGAAGGUUCACAGGAAACAAGGAGUGAGCAUGGAUUGUUUAGGCGGAUAACUGGGUUGAAAUGGGGCCUCGUACUGGUCCAUGUCGCACGUGAUACCAUUGAUGGUUACAUAUGCAUUCGUGAUUCUAGAUGUAUUAACGGAACCGAGAGAUGUUCUGAGGCUGCGGAUUAUGCGUUGUAGAUGUCCCCUCUCCCAUGUAACUCUACCGAGCUUUUUUGCCGGAAUGGGCCUACCUAAACAGGCGAUUAAUCUCAUAGUCUCUAACAACCGAAAGGCAUCAACAUAUUAACAGGAACGCGUUGCGGGCCUAGUGACAUAUUCGUGUAAGGCCAGGCCGACCG